GGUCUGGUCUCCGAGAUGGUGAACCUGUACCAGCGUGAUCUCUGAUCACUAUUCCGCCGUAGACAUUCUGUAUUUCUCUUCUGAAGCUGCACAGUACCAUGUCGGCGUCCACUGAACUCAAGACCUACGUGACCUGCGCCGCCGUGCUGUACGUCAAGUUCGUGCUGGCCACGGGGAUUCAGGCCACCAAGACGUUCGAAGCCGGUGGUCGUCCGCCUGAGGACAAGAACCUGCCGCUGGCCAAGGGCAACCCGGUGCAGACGUACGGCCUGGUCACGCCUCCUGAGACCACCAAGGAGGAGAGCGAGAAGCUCCAGAAGGCCAAGAUCACGGAGCUGCGCUGGCGUCGCAUCGUGCAGAACGACCUCGAGUCCAUUCCGCUGGCGCUUGUGGUCUUCGGUGCCGGCGUGAUGGCGAAGGGCAACCCGGCCGUGCAGAUCGGCGCCAUGGUCGGCUACACGGCUGUACGCUGCUUCCACACCGUGGCGUACGCCAACGCCAUGCACCCGCACCGCGCGCUGUGCUGGCUGUUCGGCGUCAUCUUCAUCACCACGGGCGCCGGCAACGCGCUAUACGGCGCUUUCUCCAACUAGACGAAUAGGCACUUGCAGCUAAAUCAUCAAUCAAAUUCACACGCUUCUUAUCCGGGUCUCAUGAUAGUGUUAUCCUUGCCGGUAGAAAUCUGGUCGUACACGCUGGGGCAUUGACCGU